AUGCAUGCGCAGCUGCUGCUGCUGCAGCAGCAGCAGCAGCAGCAGCAGCAGCAGCAGACAGAGGAGAGGGUAUCAGCUGCCUAUACACCCGAAAUACAAACUCUAAAUAAAAAAGAAAAAAAGAAAUUAAAAACAACAGACAAACAAGUGCAGCAGCAACUACAACUGCAGCAAACACAGCAGCAGCAGCAGCAGCAGCAACAGCAGCAACAUGAGCAGCAGCAACAACAGCAGCAGCAGCAGCUGCUGCAACUCCCGAUGAAGAGGGAGUUAAGUGGCAGCGGAAGUAACCAGGGCGAAGCUGCUGCUGCUGCUGCUGCUGCUGCUGCUGCUGCUGCUUCUGUGGAGCCCAAAAGACAGAGACAGGGCCUUUCUGCUGCUGCUGCAGCAGACAUAGUAACAGCAGCAGCAGCACCAGCAGCCUCAGGAGCAGCAGCAGCAGCAGCAGCACCAGCAGCAGCAAAUGUUGAUGGACAAGCAGCAGCAGUUCCCGCUGCAGCAGGUUCCCCCUGCCAGCAGCAGCAGCAGCAGCAGCAGCACCACAACAACCACCAAAACCACCGCAACCAGCAGCAGCAGCAGCACCACCACAACUACCACCACCACCAGCAGCAGCAGCACCACCACCAGCAGCACCAGCACCAGCAGCAGCAACAGCAGCAGCAGCAGCAGGAGUAUAUUAUCUAUUCCUUUACUAGAACCUGGUAG